AUGUCUACGACGCCACAACCCACUGGACAGUGCAAUAUUUAUCUCAACCUCGAGCAAGAGCCGGAGGUAACAGAAGAGGGUCUUAGCAUUGCAUUGGGUUACCUCUAUUCCUCUGUAACAAUACGGGCUAUCACUUCUCAAAAUGCACGGUCCGUGCUUGCCGCCGGUUGCCUCCUCGGUGGAAUGGACGAGCUCUGCAACUACGCGUACGAAAUUUGCAGGCAGUCUAUCACUGUCGAGAACAUCUCUACCUGGCUUCAAUUCGUGGAUGCCGUCCCUGCGCCAUCAGACGGGACGUCAACACCCAUUGAGCAGCGCCAGAUGCCUCCUCAGACGGCAAUUUUCGGCCCCUUUGCUCAGAGGUUGAGGGAGGACGUGUUCGACUUCCUCGUCGUCACGCUCCCUCAGACUUUGAACGUAGGCGGUCUUUCGACGCCCAUCUCGCCGCAUCCAGACGGGCAACCGUCUGACGCCGGACGUGACACUUUGUUGCAAAUCUUCGCGCUUGUGCCCUUUGAUAUGUUCAAGGCUGCGGUAGAGUCGCCAACCUUCCAAAUAGGUUCGGACCAAGCGCGCUUCAAAUUUGCGAAGGACGCGAUUGACUUGCGGAAGCGCGGGAUCGCUCGUGGGCAAGGGGCGGAGGAGACGGUCGUGCUUGCGUUUGGUGGACAUAACGGUGGGAGCACGGUCCACGUCACGCGCAAGUUGCGGAAGCGGCCUCUGUGGAAGGUUAAUGCUUGA